CAACAAUUUGGAAACAUAUGUAGGCAGCCUGGCUUCUCCUCAAACUCAUCUGGCCAUCUUUUUCUAAAUCCUGUCGGUGUCUUUAUGUAGUACUCUAUAUUAAUAUAUAAUCGAACCCUUUUCGAUCGAUUCUCAGUUUUUUUAGUUGAACCGAUAGUUAAGGCUGCUUUUAUAAUAUGAAAUGAAGCAAGUUGUAUAUAUAUUACUAUUAGCAAUAUUAUGUUUGUCAAAUAGUGCAUAAAAAAUACUAUUUAUUGUUCAUAAUCUUUUCAAGAUCUUGCUGAGAAGCCUCAUUCUUCAAACUUCUACAGAAAAUGGAGAGAAGGGCUUGUUCAUGUUUCAAUCUUUUCUUCAUUGCAAUUCUUUUUACUUUAUUUGGUAAAUUAUCUAAAGCAGCAGAUUCAAAUUCAUUCGAAGAUAAUUUUAGUAAAAGCUGUCCAGACAACAAUUUCGAGACUUCUGAUGAUGGAUCAACCUGGUCCCUCUCCUUGGACAAACAAGCAGGUUGUGGUUUUAUAACCAAGCAAAGAUACAGAUUUGGGUGGUUUAGCAUGAAGCUGAAACUGGUGGGAGGCGACUCAGCUGGAGUCGUAACAGCUUAUUAUAUGUGUACUGAAAAUGCAGCAGGGCCAGAGAGAGAUGAACUGGAUUUUGAGUUCUUGGGGAAUAGAAGUGGGCAACCUUAUCUAUUACAAACAAAUGUGUACAAGAAUGGAACUGGUGGGCGUGAGAUGAGGCACAGUUUGUGGUUUGAUCCUACUGAAGAUUUCCACUCCUAUUCCAUUCUAUGGAACAAUCAUCAGAUAGUGUUUUUCGUGGAUAGAGUUCCGAUAAGAGUAUACAAAAAUGCAAACUACACGAACAACUUCUUCCCAAACGAGAAGCCAAUGUACUUAUUCUCAAGCAUCUGGAACGCAGAUGACUGGGCAACGAGAGGCGGCCUCGAGAGGACAGACUGGGAAAAGGCACCAUUUGUGUCAUCUUAUAAGGACUUCACUGCAGACGGUUGUCAGUGGGAAGACCCUUUCCCUGCCUGUGUAUCCACCACCACUGAUAACUGGUGGGAUCAGUACAAUGCCUGGCACCUUUCAGAGGGCAAUAAAAAGGAUUUUGCUUGGGUACAAAGGAACCUUGUAAUAUAUGAUUAUUGCAAGGAUACUGAAAGAUACCCAACUUUGCCUGAGGAAUGUUGGUUAAGUCCAUGGGACUGAUUCGGAGUUUUGGGAUUUUUGUUCGUCACAGUAAUAAUAUCUCGAGAUUGCGUUAAGUCAUAGCAGAUAAAUUCUUUGUUGCUUAGGUUACAAGUUUUCACUGGCUUCUAUAUGCUGUACUGCGUUACCAUUUGUACUGAGUUAUUGCAUUCAUUAAAUUUGAACUAUUUAUGCAAUAUAACAUUUUCAACA